AUGGAGCCCGGGAAGAGAAGAACAAAAGAUGAUACUUGGAAAGCAGAUGACCUCAGAAAACAUCUUUUGGCUGCACAAUCAGGUAGUCCCAAGGAAGAUAAGAAACACAGAGAAAAGAAGCUGCAUAAGGAGUCAGAAAUGGACCUCCCUGAAUACAGAGAGCCCAAGCACAGGGACCCAGACCGAGACAGCAAGUACAGAGAGAGGCCUGGCGAGAGAGAUGGCCACGUGUCCAGGGAGAACCCUCAUGGGGACAGAGAAAGAGAAAAGCAAAGGGAAAGGAAAAAGUACUCCAGAGACCGGGACAGAGAAAGGCAUAAAGAGAAAUACCGAGAACAGGACACGGAGAAGUCUCACAGUAAAGGAAAAGACAGGGACAAGGGCAGAGACCGCAGAGCUAAGAGGGAGGAGCUCAGGCGGACGGCUGCCUGCCAUGACCCGCUGGGCCGGCCGCUCCUGGACAGAGCAGAACGCGAGACGCGAGCAGUAAGCAGAGUGAGAACGGAAGAGAAGGAGAGGAGAGUUGAAGACCCUGAGAGGGGGCACGAGGAGAGAGAAAGACGGUACAGAGAAAGAAAGCUGCAGUACGGUGACAGUAAAGACAAUCCUCUUAAGUACUGGCUGUAUAAAGAAGAAGGUGAAAGGAGACACAGGAAGCAGAAAGAACCAGAUCGAGAAAGGAAACAUGGAGAAAAAAGCAGCACAAGGGAAAAAAGAGAAAAGUAUCCAAAAGAAAAAAGUAAUUCCUUUUCUGACAAGGAGGGGGAAGAAAGACAGAAGGAAAAACGACACAAGGAAGGUUUUCAGUUCGAUGAAGAGAGGCGCCAGAGUAACACAGCUAAAAAAGAGAGGUUGUCGAGAGAAGACCUUAAGAAAAGAGAGUCCAAGAACAGUGAGCAACGAAACCGGGGUGCAAGUUCAAGGAGAGAUCCCAUUGGCAGCCGGGAAGGAACGUAUGCAGAGAAUUUAGUAAGAAAUAAUGGAAAAGAUAAAGACUCAAGAAGGAAGCACAUCCGGGAAGAGGGUGCCUCCGUGUGGAAGCUGGCUCAGAGGCAUGGGAGAGAAGAAAUGGCGGAAAUUGAAAAGGAAGACAUUGAUUCAGAAAAUGCUGGAGCUGAUGAAUAUACAGCUUGCUUUGAAGAUGAUUUUGAAGAUUACGAAGAUGACUUUGAGGUUUGUGAUGGAGAUGAUGAUAGCUUUAACGAGCUGGAACCAAAAGAGAAAAUCGAAGAGCUUCCUCUGGCCAGAAAGAAGGAGAUACAGGAAAUUCAGAAAGCCAUUAAUGCAGAAAACGAAAGGAUCGGCAAGCUGUCCUGCAGACUGUCUCAGAAGCCAGGUCUGCUGGAGGGUGAGAGGGAUGUGAGGACAGAUGAAAACAGUUCCCCUGCCAGAGCCCCUGUAUGUGGAAUUUUCGUUGAUUUUGCAACAGCCUCACGCCGUCAGAAGAGUCGGACUCAGGCCCUUAAGCAAAAGACACGCAGUACAAAGCUGCUUCGGCUCAUUGACUUAGAUUUUUCAUUCACUUUCUCUCUCUUGGAUCUACCGCCAGUAAAUGAAUAUGACAUGUAUAUCAGAAACUUUGGGAAAAAAAAUACCAAGCAGGCAUAUGUUCAGUACAAUGAAGAUAAUGUUGACAGAGACAUCCAGACUGAAGAGAUAGAGACCAGAGGGGUGUGGACCCAGCAUCCCGGAGAGGGCCCGGCCGUGUCAGGGGGGAGCAGGAGUGGAGAUCCCCGUGAUGUGGCCGCUGCACCGAAGGUCGACACACCCAGGCUGUCCAGCUUCCUCCGGGCGGCGUGCCAGGUGAUUGCGGUUUUGCUUGAAGAGGAUCGUGUGGGAGCCGAACCCAGCUGGGGCCCCGGGACACAGGACAGCACCCUGCAUAUCAGUGACAACUCCUCUCAGCUGAAUACCAGCCUACCAUUCCUUCAGAAUCGAAAAGUGUCGUGCUUAUGUGCCUCUCAGGUGCAGAGACAGACGGUGGUGUCUGUGCACGGGCUGCCUGGAGCCGCGUUCGCCCCUGCGCUGGAUGGCAGAUAUGUGCUGUGCGUCUGGGAUAUCUGGCAGCCUUCGGGGCCUCAGAAGGUCCUGAUAUGUGAGUCGAAGGUCACAUGUUGCUGCUUUAGCCCUUUUAAAGCCUUUUUACUGUUCGCUGGGACAGUGCACGGCUCAGUGGUUGUGUGGGACCUACGAGAAGACUCUAGAAUACAUCAUUAUGUGAAGCUGGGCAGUUGCUUCUGGACCUUCAGGACGGCAACGUUUUCCACUGAUGGUAUCCUGACUUCCGUAAACCACCGCAGUCCUGUUCAAGCCGUAGAACCCAUCUCCACGUCUGUCUACAAAAAACAGAGUUUUGUGCUUUCCCCCUUUUCUACUCAAGAAGAAAUGUCAGGUUUGUCAUUCCACGUUGCUUCCCUGGAUGAAAGUGGGGUUCUCAAUGUGUGGGUGGUUGUUGAAUUACCAAAGGCAGAUAUUGCAGGCUCAGUAAGUGACUUAGGUCUGAUACCUGGAGGGAGGAUAAAGCUGGUGCACAGUGCUGUAAUUCAGCUGAGCGACAGCCUUUCCCAUAAAGGCUGUGAAUUCUGGGGGGCCACACGAACGCUGAAUGUGAAGUUUCUGCCUUCAGACCCUAGUCAUUUCAUUGUUGGCACAGACAUGGGUCUUAUAAGUCAUGGCACCAGACAAGAUUUGAGAGUAUCUCCCAAAUUGUACAAACCCCAGCAACCUGGUAUGAGACCAGUCCAAGUGAAUGUGAUUGAUUUUUCACCAUUUGGAGAACCAAUAUUCUUGGCCGGCUGUUCAGAUGGAAGCAUCAGGUUACACCAGCUGACGUCCGAGUGCCCUCUCCUUCAGUGGGACGGCAGCACCAACGGCCACGCGGUCACAGGCCUCCACUGGUCCUUGACCAGACCUGCCAUGUUUCUGGCCCAGGAUGACACGUCCUGUAUUUAUAUCUGGGAUCUGCUGGAAAGUGAUCUGGGUCCUGUAGCCAAACAGCUCAUCUCCCCAGACAGGCUGGUGGCCAUGACAGUCGUGGGUGAAGCAGAGAAGGCCAGUGGCAGCUUCCUGGCCCUGGUGCUGGCCAGAACCUCUGGCAGCGUGGACGUCCAGUACCUGAAGAGGGCGUGGGCAGCCCCCGUGGGAGACGAGCUGAGGAAGCUGCGGCUACUCUUGCAGGAAGCCCUGUAG